CGGCUCAGAAGGCGACGUCGAGGCCUUAUCAUCCCGCCUGUCACAUCUCCAAGCGACCCCCAGUUUUGCGCAGGUUAGAGUGGAUCUGCACCGGGGUGCGCACGCACGGCAUCGCACGGAUCAGAUUUGGGCACAUCCAAAGGGACAAUAACUGUGACGGACCAAUCGAAGCGCAACGCGCCAAAAGAGUCUUGACGAGAAUUCAGGACUGAUGAGCAGGUCCACCCACUGACCUGAGCAACUGUGCCACGGCUCCAUACAGCACAACCUCGUUUUCGGUCCGCCGGAUUCACAAGUUGGACGAAAAAAAAAAAUCUGGAACCUUGCAAGAUUAAUGUUGUUUGCAUCUGGGCGUGUGAGACUACGCCACCACGGUCUUGUUCGCAGACUCCCCGAAGGCUGGCCGUUUCUCAAUUUUGGCUCGACACGCCAUCUGUGACACCGAGACACCUAUGCUGUUUUCAUCUCGAUCAUGGGCAGAAAGUUAGGAGCAACCAUGGGUUCGCGUCAUGCGGCCUGGUCGUGCAGGGGGGCCAGUCUCCAUCAAUGACACGAUUUAAGUCGAUUUGUGUGCUUCUGCACCAACCCACAGCCGUGAUGUUCGUUGUGGUUGCAGCCCUGCUGGCUUCUCCGCUGCAAACUCUAACCAGGAGCUUUGCUGUUGCGAGAUGAGUUUUCUGCCUAUCAACUGCUCGCCAGAAUUUGUUGCUGGAAAUGCAGUUGGCACAACCCUCGACCCCGCUAUCCAACAGAUUCUUUCCUUGGACAUUUCCGAUUGCCGUGCGGAGUCCUCCGGCCCCCUGUGGAUUCUGGUCAAAUUGAGGGCAUUGACUUGUCACUCGUCUCUCCCAGUUAGGAGCAGAGCAAAGAAGCCCCGGAAGUUGAUGUCUUCUACACUUGUGAGCCAUGCGGCAAAUCUAAAUGCAGGACCUGUUUCAUUUGGAACAUGGAAAUGAUGACGUUGGUCGAGCGGUGGAACCGAGGCGUGAUCACGGAGGAUUUGGCCGGUGGGAAAACUCGAAGCAGGGGGGUGUCCAAGUGUGUCAAGUGUCAAGCAUCAAACACCAAUGCACCAACUCGUAUCUCUGCAGUGGCGAUAGCAAGCAUGACUGCCCGGACAGUGCGAACACACCGCAGCACGAGGGCAAGCGCAACAAGGGCAAGGUCUGGUUAAGUCAGCCUGGACAUCCAUCCCACAGCCUGCCUGCAUACGGUGGGCCUACUACUAAUAGCACCAGCUUGGUCGCUCCAACACGCGCCAGUUUGGAGAGUGUCCUCGUUCCCAAUAAAGGAGCGGGAGGGUUGUUCUGGCCCCUCCGGAGGCAAGGUCGUGCACAUCUCAGCCUAACUAGUUCCUGUCCGUUCGUCGAUCACAUCCCACCAGGCAUCGACCAUUGCUCCAGCCGAAUUGACCAUGGGACAAGUCUGAUCAACCGAAACUACCAGAACUGGGAAGGUGUGAUGGGCUGACGCACCGCCUCUUGACAGGCUGGAUCAUCCAUCACGUUGGCGUGUUCCUGUACUCCGUACAGGGGGGCAUUCCAACCCGUCCAAAAAGUUCCUGCAGCGAAGACAAAAGAUCCCAGCCUUUCCAGCUUUCUUACUUCACCCCUGCGGCGAUCGGGUCAAGGACUUCGUAUCUGCAACGACAGAAAGUCUACCUCUCUAACUUCAGCAGUGAGGCAUAUGACACCGGCAAAUUUAUGUGCUCAACUUCGAAAACAGAACGAUUUGGCAUUGAUGUUCCGAUCGAUUUUCCGUGUUGAGAGUGCCCAGGAACUCAAUCGCCCUGUUCCAUUGCGCACAUUUUCACGUUCCGAAGCCACUCAAGGCAAAGAUUGACCAGUGAUUGUAUCAUACCGGUUUACUGGAGCAUUGCAGACUCCCACGGUGCGGGUUGAACCAAUACAGCCAAGCACAUGGCUCGCAUAGACCAUCUUGAACAGUCUUACUGUCGCCAGCCCACCUGCCGAAGGUGUCGGAGGACCAUGGAGGGUGCGCUGGGCAAGUCUUGUUUUGUCGGUGGGCUAUCCUGUGCUGCAACUGGUUGACUCUUUCGGAAACGCUGCUGUCCUUGCAUCUCGAUGCAAGCAUUUCCCCGAACCCAAUUGCUACCUUGCUUUUGCGGAAAUAUCCCAACCAGCCUCCGGAACGAGUCUUUUGACCAGAUGCAUUUUGUUUUCUGCCUCCUUGUUCUUUUCUUCGGCUCACUACCCGGGCUCUUGACCCGACUUGCAGUCCAUGACCGGCUCAGUCACUCAGUCAGGCAGUCUCUCCACCGAGACCAUUUGUGACCUGGUUUGUUUGCCACCACAAACUAACUUCCCCUUGCAGUCCAAUGUCAAGCAUGUGGCAAGACAAACAUUCAAAAGGGGUUAUUGGCGAUGUCUGGGCUACCUCGGGCAAAGCUUCUUGUAUUUUGUCUCGUCGCUGUCCUUGUUUAGCGAUCCCUUCCUCCGUACCUACACUCAACUUUCCCGCGUCGACCUGGGUAUACCGUCUGACGCGAUUCAUUUUUGGCCAUCAUCAUGACCAUCAUCCCCUGACUAUUUCAUGACUCAGCCCAACACCAUGUUUAGCAGCCUGGGAUCCUGGCCUGGCAGCAUCUUGCAGCGUAACCUCGUCUCCUUGACGUCAAAAAUAACCGACAGAAGAAACAAUCUAGGACUCGCCGAACCAGUCCGUCACUGGUGAUUCAUCAAUACCACAACAACUUGGAUUGACCGGCUCUUGGGAAGUAGCCUCCUGGGCCGUGCAUUGCUCAGGCCGUGUCCCCGCUGUCCUUGUUGGUCGAUACAUCUAGAACAUUAUUACCCCGCUCGCAAACAGGUAUCACAUGCCAGCAGAAAAGCUGAUCUAGAAAGCAGCCCGUACUUGGCACCUAUGGCCUCUAUGUACCAGCCUAGACCCCGGCAACAAAUGCUGGUGAGGCUAGUAGGCUAUCAGGGCCCAGGCCGUAAGAAGUAACUCGCAGCCUGAUGUUGACCACCACGCGCCCACCCUACCCAAAAACAUAUCCCCAACCCUUCGAUAUCCCUUCAGAAACCAGGAGUGGGAAAAAAGGACAACCCAAAAGAAAAGAGAAUGUCAAUCAAGCUAAAAAAAACAAUCAACAGCCAGGAUUCCCACCUGGUCACCCACGGUAGUACUAACUGGCCGGCAUAUGGCUUAAGUAUGGCUGAGCGAACGGGAAGCCCUGCUUUCCAUAUCCUAUGGUCGAUUGCGGGAGAGAAUGUUGCACAUGAGUAUAUAUGUUAUGCCAUUGCAUCUAAGGGUUUCCGAUUCCAUAAAUUGUGCAAUGGUAAUUAAAUCCGUGACCAAGG